CGCGAGCGCGCAUUACCGGUCAUGUCUGUGUGCCUGCACGCUUCGAGUAAUGUCAGCUUCCCGUGAUUAAACUCGCAAUUAACCGACAUUAUUAUAAUAAUAACAAGCGCACGCGUUGCAACCGGUUCACGCGAUCGGGAAUGGGCAUCGGGGCCGCGCGAGCGGCGCGAGAGCGGCUAACUCCCGUCACUCACUUGUUCGCGUACGGUCGACGAAAUGGUGCCGCGUCACGGAAUCUGCGUCGCGAUCUUCUGUUUGGGAGUCGCAUCAUUUGCAUCAGUUGUGGGAACACGUCUACUGUCAUCCAUGGCUCAGGCUCUGCAGACCCAUGGUGUUAUUCCAGACGUAGUGGACAAGGUGCCCGCUAGCGUUCUAAACGUUACCUAUCCCAAUAAUCUUGCUGUUGAGAUUGGCAAAGUGCUCACACCGACUCAGGUCAAGAAUCAGCCCACUGUACAAUGGAAUGCAGAAACCAAUUCAUUUUACACCUUAUGCAUGACUGAUCCCGAUGCCCCAAGUAGAGAGAAUCCCAAGUUCCGUGAAUGGCAUCAUUGGCUAGUAGGCAAUAUUCCUGGAUCGGAUGUGUCUAAAGGAGAGGUUCUGUCUCAAUACAUUGGUUCUGGACCUCCACAGGGUACAGGUCUCCAUCGAUACGUAUUCCUGUUGUACAAACAGCCUGGCAAACUAACUUUUGAUGAGAAGCGCUUGACUAACCGAAGUGGUGACAACCGUGGCAAAUUCUCCACCAAGAACUUUGCUGCUAAAUACAAUCUCGGCGAUCCGAUCGCCGGUAAUAUGUAUCAGGCAGAGUUUGAUGAUUAUGUACCAAUUCUCUAUAAGCAACUUGAGGGUUAAGUUUGUACAAUGCAUACAAUAACAUAUAUAUAUAUAUGUGUAAUUUCCACACAUGUUUUUACAUCAUGUAUAUCCAACAGUUUGAAUAAAUAAAAUCAAAUAUUCUUUAA